AUGUCAAGUGUACAAGAACAUUACAACGAUGUUGUGAUUAGUGACGGUGCGGCGGAUGAUGAUGUUGAGAAUCUUGAGAUGCUAGAAUCUUUGAAUGACUCUGCAACUGUUGGUUGUGCAACUGCACCCGUUUCAGCUGAAAAAGAACAUAAACUUAGAUCUGAUGUGUGGGAGUAUUUUGAUCUCGUUAAAUGUCAAGAUGGAACAAAGAAGGGAGUGUGCAAGGCUUGUAGAAUUGGAUAUAAAUAUGAUAGCCAGAGAGGUGGAACUUCAUCUAUGAAAAGGCAUAAGUGCCUUAAGCGUGACUCUCAGGACAUAGGGAAGAUGAUGUUAACUGCAAAGAAUGGCCAGCUGUCUUCUUGUGUACGUACAAUUGAUCAGAUGAAACUGCGCUGUCUCUUUACCGCAUUACUCAUUGCAAGGAAUGUCCCAUUUUCUUUGGUGGAGUGGAAAGAAUUUAGGGACAUAUGUAGGAUGUGUCUAACAUCAGACAUGUGGACAUCUGUUACUACUACAGGGUACAUAAGCUUAACUGUGCACUUUCUUGAUCAAAAUUGGGAGUUGAAGAAGUAUCUUUUGAACUUUUGUGAACUUCCACCACCUCAUACAGGUGAACACCUUUCUGACAAGCUAUUUUCAAUGAUAGAUGAUUGGGGAAUUGAAGACAAAGUAUCCAACAUCACCUUGGAUAAUGCCGCAAAUAAUGGAGCUUGUGCUAGAAUUAUGCAGAGUAGACUUGUUGCAAAGAAGAUCCUUUUUAACAAGGGAAAAUACUUUCAUGUGCGUUGUUGUGCGCACAUCUUAGCUCUUAUUGUAAAAGAUGGACUUGUGAAGAUUGAUCCAGCUAUACUUAAGAUAAGAAAGUCAGUGAAGGCCCUUAAGAAGUCCCAAGUAAGAAAGCAAAAGUUCUUGGACAUUGUUAAUACUUUAGGAAUGUCUGCAAUAAGAAGAGGUAUUCGUCAAGACGUGAAAACAAGGUGGAAUUCAACUUAUCUUAUGCUAGAUAGUUGUCUUGUUUAUAAAAGUGUUUUUGCUCAUUUGAAGGAGGUGGAUCCAGACUAUAAAGACUGUCCAACUGAUGAAGAAUGGGAGCAAAUUGAAGUAGUCACGAAGUUUCUCAAGACGUUUUAUGAUCUCACUACUUUAUUUUCCGGUAGUAAGUAUCCUACUUCCAAUCUUUAUUUUGAAGGAGUUUGUCAAGUCCAAGUGUUACUAAAAAAAGAAAGCACAAAUGAAAUUGAAUAUAUUAGGGACAUGGUAAAGGAGAUGCAAAUUAAAUUUAACAGUUAUUGGGAGAACUUGAGUCCUAUUUUGGCUAUGGCACUUGUGUUAGAUCCUAGAUUGAAACUGAAGUAUCUAAACUUUGCUUACUCCAAGUUGUAUACUGAUGUAAGACAAUUAGAAAGAAAAGUUGAUGAUGUGCGUGAAGAUAUGAAAAAACUUUAUAAUGAGUAUUACACAUUGUCAAAUUCAAGAGCUUAUGUCACUGGAACUCAGAAUAUGCUGUUUCAAAAUGGUGGGAAUUCUACCCUCACGGGAAGUGAAUGGCUCCAGGAAUAUGCUGCAACACAGGAAAGUGGUGGUGAUAUGCAAUCUGACUUGUCAGAGUUGGAUCUCUAUCUAUCUGAGAAAUAUGGAUGUUCUUUAGAUAAACCAUUUGAUAUCCUAAUGUAUUGGAAGGCCCAUGAACAUCGAUUUCCAAUUCCGCAGUUCCUUAUUACCUGA